CUGUUUUGCUCUGCUGCUUCAUUCAGUGUGUGCUUCUUUCGCAGAUCGCAGACUGUCAAGUGAGCAUGUUUAUGUGCCGAUGGUUAGAUUGUGUUAAAUAAUCACUAUUUUCAUUCAGCAUGCUAAAAAUUACAAACUUAUAUCAGCGCCUAGCCGCGACCCCGCUGUGGACGAACAGCGCCCGGUUGUGCUCCGCGCAAAUAUCCCCCGCAAACCAGCAGCAAGUGAAUGUCCCACCCGCAACAUCCGGCGUUGUCGAUGUCCCAGACAAGCUCUACAGCCGGGUAGAGCUCCAGAUGAAGGGUAUCGAUCCGGAAGUAAUGAAGAGCUACGCCUAUUUCGCCAAAACUGCUGCUGAGCACCUGGACAUUGAAGUCGGGAAGCACUGGGCUCUUCGGAAGGCUGUUAAAGAUCGGCUAACAUUGCUGAAAUCUGUACACAUCUACAAGCAUCAUCGAGUGCAGUACGAAAUCCGGAACUACUAUCGGUUUAUGCACUUUCACAAACUGACCGGCUCGACGUUGGACACGUUUCUGGAGUAUAUCGAACGAAACCUGCCGGAAGGUGUGGCCCUCAAGGUAACCAAAGUGGAACUGCAGGAGCUGCCGGAGCAUUUGAAAUCGGAAGGAGCGUAAGAAAAAAGAAAUAAUUUUCAGUGUAGAAUAAAAUGCUUAAAUAAUA